AUGUCAAUCCCUCGAUUUUUUCAAAAAUUUCAAGAAGUAUACGCCUAUCGUCGCUUGGAAGCAAUGAGCAACUGGAGCCAAGAUUCCUCGAAAAAGCGAAAACUUGAAUCACACGAAGAAAAUUCCUCCAAAAAGCAGAAAAUAGAGGGAAAACCUGUUGGCGUCCGCAUAAAAAUUGAUAGAACCGCACUUAAAAGAGCCACGAAAAAGAGUCCUGCUCACGCUUUAACGAAGAAGUACCCAUCGCUGCCAGCGGCAAAUAGUAACGAAGCUACAGAGGCUGAAUCAGACGAUGAAUACGAAAUCAUCACUACAGUCCUCGAGAAAGCUUCAAUGGAAGGACAUCACGCAAUGGCGAUUCACACGGAUUGCCAGGGUAACAAGACAAUACUUCGCGCAGCGUUCAAACAGUUAGAAGACGAUCACUUCUAA